AUGCAGCCGUCGUACAAGUUCCCCCGUUCCCUCGGGUCGCUCGACCUCACGGACCCCUCGUCCGUUCCUGCACCUCCUCCUGCCGGCGGGCCCUCGGGCUCGCGGUCACACCCCUCGCUCCUCGUCACCGACUCGUCCGGGCACCCUCAAGCGUCUCUGAGCGACGAGCAGUACCUCGACAAGUUCACGACGGCCGUCAACACGCUCCGCGAGGGUGGCUCGUCCGCCGGACUCGCGGCGCCCAACCCUGCCCACCUCUCGACCCAGUCGUUCGGGCGCAGCAAGUCGCUGUCGAGGAUCUCGGAGUACUCCGAGUCGGCCUACUCGUCGGGCUCGCGAGCGCGCGACUCGCACGAGCCGCCGCCGUCGCCGCCACCUCGGUCCGACGCGUCGCGCUCGCCCUCACCCGGCGGCGCGUCGCCGAUCGACCCAGCGUUCGGCUCGGCGCCGUCGUCCUUCUCCUUCCCGGCGCCGCCGGCCAUCUAUGCCGCGCACCUCGCGCCGCAGGGCGCCCACCCGCAGGCGCAGCCGCCGCUCGUUCCCGUCACGACGCCCGUCUCGCCCAAGCCCGUCCCGUCGCAGCGGUUCCACGUCACGAACCCGGACGCCAUGUCGCCCUCGCUCUCGCCGUCGCCCAUACCCGGCCGGCACCACCUCCCCUCGCGCCCCUUGACGACGCCCCUCCCGCUCGCCAACCCGCACCCGGUCCCCGUCCCGCUCGACAACUUUGCCGCACCGCCCGCCGCACCGCCUCGAGCCGACAGCCCGCAGUGGAGCUCGUCGUCGCACUCGCACGAGUACGGCUCGUCGUCGUCGCCCGAGUACAUGGUCCAGCUGCCCAGCCGCGCCGUCCUCGCCGAGCACGCCCAGCAGCAGCAGCAGCAGCAGCAGCAGCGCUUCUCUCGGCACGGGCAGGAGCACAGCGAGUCGUCGACGGCGUGGGCGACGGCCGAGGACGAAAAGUUCUUCAACGAGGCCGGCGGCAACGUGUACGCCGCGCCGUACCACGCCAUGUCGUUCGAGGCGCACGGCGACCCGCAGCAGCGCGGCGGCGACUCGCCGAACCGGUUCACGCUCGACGACGAGAAGAUUGGCGUCGGGCGCGACCUGCAGCAGCGGCGCAAGGGCUCGGACGCGACGACCAUGACGGCGACGCAGGGGUGGGAGCCCGAGGGCGAGCAGGUGCGCCGCGGCGCCAACCGCCGCCUGUGGUGGGCCCUCCUCGUCGUCGUCAUUAUCGCCGUCGGCGUCGGCGUCGGCGUCGGUGUCGGCAGGAAGCAGGCCGACGCAGGACGCGCCGAGAACGAUUCGCUCGCCUCCUCCUCCGCCUCCCCCUCCUCGUCCCCCUCUGCUCCCUCGCCUUCCUCCGCCGACACCUCGUCGAGCUCGCGCACCAUCAUCCGCCCGAGCGCCACCUCGGCCGCCUCGACAGCCACCAACGCCGCCGCCGCCGCCGCCGCCGUCGAGACGUACUCGACGACGUUCGGCUACGAGCAGUCGGGCCGUUCGACCGUCGUCCCGCUCACGUACACGAUCCCGACCUCGUACGCGACGCGCGCCGACGGCCGGUACCAGUUCACGCAGCAGGUCGUCCUGCCCAACCUGGGCGCGACGGGCGCGCGCGCCGCCGAGUCGUUCACGAGCGACUUGAGGUUCCGCGUCGCGCCGACCGACAGCGCGGCGCCGGGCGGUGGGGCGACGAUCGAGGCGCGGCGGGAGCGGGAGCGAGAGCGGAGGAGGAGCGUCGAGGAGCGGGUCGAGAGCGCGAGGAGGUGGGACCGCCGCGAGCGGGACAAGCGCGCGAGGGUGAUCCGCUGAGAGCGAGCGGGGCCGAGCGCUCGAGCGCGACAGACACUUUGGUACUCCCCACUCUCUCUCUCGCUCUCGCCCCUCGUCCUCGACACGCUCGGGUCGGCGCUCCGUAGACGCUCUCGAGCGACGUGGAACGGCGCAGUAUCUGGGCACG